CGCUCCCGGCCCUCCGCCUCGGAGCCGGCGCGGGGCGGCGAGUCAUCGGCUGGUGCCGGCUGCCCCCAGACCCCAGCCCCUGCGGGCGGAGGCUCCCGGCCCCGCCGGCCCAUGCGAGAAGGAUGCUGGAGAGCGGCUGCAAGGCGGUGAAGGAGGGCGUGCUGGAGAAGAGGAGCGACGGGCUCCUGCAGCUCUGGAAGAAGAAGCGCUGCAUCCUCACCGAGGAGGGGCUGCUCCUCAUCCCCCCCAAGCAGCAGCCGCCGCCGCCGCAGCAGCAGCCGCCGCCGCCGCCGCCGCUGCCGGCCGAGCCGGCGGCCAAGAUCAAGGAGCUGCACUUCUCCAACAUGAAGACGGUGGACUGCGUGGAGCGGAAGGGCAAGUACGUGUACUUCACGGUGGUGAUGGCCGAGGGGAAGGAGAUCGACUUUCGGUGCGCGCAGGAGCAGGGCUGGAACGCGGCGAUCACGCUGCAGAUGGUGCAGUACAAGAACCGCCAGGCCAUCCUCGCCGUCCGCUCCACCCGCCAGAAGCAGCAGCACCUGGCGCAGCCCCACGGCCCGCGCCUCCGCAGCGCAUCCAACUCCGCCUAGCGCAGGUUGAGUUAACGAAGCGCUUCGGGGAAGCGGGACCGAGCGCGUUCGUCGCGGACGUACUUCGCUCCGUCAAAAACUGGGCACAUGCCAGAGAUGCAGGUAGACUGGAGAGAAGCGGCUCAACAACCUGAACCCCAGCUAGCUGCUGCUGCUGCUGCUGCUUUGCCGCCCUCGGUGCCGAGAAGCAUUUCAAAUCUAUUAUUUAUGAACCUUGGAAAGGAUCCUUUGGUGUGAUGGGACUUCUAGGAGACAUGAUGUACUGUAACUUUAUUUUAAUGUAUUUUAUUUUAUUUAUUAGGGUUGUUUGUUUCUUUGUUUUGUUUUUUAAAGACUUACUUGCAAGACAUUUCUGAAUGUAGGCCAUAUCAAAAAAGCAAAGGAAAAAAACAAUAUGUACAUUAGCUUCCUAAAGGAACUAAAAAGUUCUGGGUAGUUUGGCCGUGUGCAAUUUGACAAAAGAGUUUUUCAUUUUUACCCGAAAUACGCUGUAUUACACUAACAUGGAAAAUGUGAUGUGUGGUUUGGAAUUUGGCUGAAACCCAUACUGCAUAUCGAAACUAUUCUCUCUAAUGAGAAUAACAAUUAUAGUCUGGAUUUGAAAUUACUUUCUUUGAAAAUACCGUGCGUGGUGGAAGAUGAUAAAACUUAUUCAUGCUUGGUUAUUGGAAAAAGUAACGUCGAUUUGUCAUUCUGAGAUUAAAACCCAUCUGUUUAAUGUAUGGGCGGAAGGGAACCUGACCAACUUCUUUUGUGAUACAGGAAUCCCAGCUGGAUUCCAGUUACCCCUUUGAUGUGCUUGCUCCUAGGCUGGAGGGCUGGAGCUGAGAAGCAUUUAUGAACGUUUCUUAGUGUCCGAGUUCAGGGCUCCUUCUGCACGGUCAGUUUGUAAGCGAUCUGGGCUCUCGACCUGUGCUGAAUUUUCAUGGCGGUUUUUAAAUGUCUUGCAUUAAAGUAGCGCCUAGUUUAAAAUCCAUUUUACGUACAUCUCAGUGUGCAAACGGAUUAUUUUGGUCACAGUUUUCAUAAGCUGAAAGUUGCUCUCUAGCUGAGAUAAACUAGAUUAAUUUUGGUGUUUAGCACUGUCAGAUGUUGAGAGAGGCGUGCGAUCUCGCCUCUAAAAACGUUGACGAAGCCAUGAAGUUGGAAAACAAAGGGCUAAUUGCACAGCUGGUGUGUCUUCCUCUGCCUCUUAAAAGUCAGUGGGAGUUUGGCUGUCGAUGCUGGCGAGAGCGGGUUGGAGCUGUUCGCCCCGGUGCAGAGGAGGGAGCCAGGCGCAGGCCGGUGUGCUUUCUAGGACAGGGCCCUUCAGGCCAUGGGCGAUUUCACGUUGCGUGCCACUACAGCCCGGGUUCUCUGGUUUAAAUUGAGUGGGGAGGUUGUAAGCGGGACGGAGCAGCGUGGCCCGUUAUCUCUGGUUCAAGGUAAAAAGUUGCAGCCGCGGAGCUAUUUAUUUUAACUAGCCUGGUGAGGAAAAUGGCUUUUGGCCCCUUUACAAGUUACAUGAAUGUAAACAAAAUCUUUUAAAGUCGCACAUCCAGGACUUUUCUGUUUGUGUAGGUUGACUGUAAAAGUCCCACAUUCUUGGUUCAAGCUGUUUCUGUUAAGUGUUUCAAGCAAAAGACUGAAGUGACGCUCAAAGGAAGAUCUCAGAACUGGCUGCUGCAGAUGACGAUCCCUUCCUCUGCACCCUAAGCUUAAGCUCAGUCCUGUAAGGAAUAAGUCGAGAUCUCUUUUAGCCCUCCGCUUUUGCUCCUUGCCCCCAGGUGUCGGGGUCACAUACCUAGACGUGCAAAACACGUCGUGGUGCAGAAUUAAAGCCCAGACCUUGGCGAUGCUCUGUGGUUACUCCCGAGUGCUUCUUUCCGAUCUGGCCCUUGACAAGGUUGCGUGACGAGCUUAGGGUGGUAGAUUACAGCUGUCCUAACAAAGUUCUUACUUUGAGACUAAUUGAAAUCGAAGGUGCCCUGCAUCUUCUAGGAUUAGAUUCGCUGUCUUGGCAAUCAUAAUAGCCAAUUUCCACAUCUCUGUACAUCUGCCAUUAUCAUUCCGCUAAUGCUUGGAUGUUAGAGCUGCAAGGGGAUUCUCUAAUGAGCUAGUCAAAGACUCACAAAAUAGACUGUAAUUUGUAAUUUGGCUCCUCUCUUUAGAGUCAUUAAUUACAGUUUACUGAGUAACUAAUCCACCUUUUCAGUUAUACAGACGUAUCGCUGAUAUCUCACCUACUAAAAUACGUUUUAGCCUACUGAAGGAUAAACGUAAUUGAUGAAAACUAAUUCCUAUGUGAUCAGACACACACGUAUUUCUCUAGGAGAGGCAGAUAUUCCUGUCCUCAGUGGAUGCAAGCCCCCGAAUGCCACAAAAGUCUAUGGAUCUAGUCUAAAGCUGAAAUUUUACUGCUCUUCUGGAAGUACUUUUAAAACAAAAGAUGACAAUUUCAGUGAUAUAAUUGACAUUAAGGUUUGAGAAAACAGCUUUCAUUUUGAAUUUGCUGCUCUUUUUCACCAGUUCAAGGUCAACGUCCCACUUUCACCUUAUGUUUCUUGUUUUAAGUUGGUCUGAAGGAUGCUCUCAAAAACCAUUUGGAUUGAUGUAGUUCACCAACAGACUUUCGCCGGUUGUCAUUGCCUGCUGUGUUACCUUCUUUAAAACGUUGGUGUCAGCCAAAUUCUUAGUGUGGGAGAUGGUCAUGUCACAGAAUCCACCUUGAGCUGUUCCUGUGCCUGCAGCCUGAGUUGGUGGGGUGGCUGUAAGGAUCAAACCUCCCCCUUGCGCCUCCGGACUGUCUCCUGGGAACUGAAUGGGAACAAAUUGGCUGGGGUCCCCUGGGGACAGUUGGACCGUGUUGCUCAUGCCAUGUCAGUAUAAAUAAGGCUGAAUUGUCUGAUGUGGACAAUCCGACAACUUUCUCACGCUCUAAAUUCCAUGGGGUUGGUUUUUUUUUUGACUGAUAGUAAUUUUAGACCAAGAAAUUGUUUGAUGUUAUAAAUGAGGUAGUUCUGGGCUCUUUUUGGCUUGCUCCUCUACUACUGCAUAGUCUUCAUUGGAGCUACUUGGUUAAAUACUGUCUGUCACUGCCUUGUAAGCAAGGGCUAUGAAAGUAGGUCCAGCAGAUCAUGCUCUAUCUUAUUGGAGCUUUGCAAGUAAAGAAAUCAGGGUGUCCUUCCCCUUACAAAAAAAAAAAAGCCAACGGCACGUAGCUGAGGUAAAUUCAUUAGAGAAUAAACAAAAAUGCCGGUAAAACACACACAGGCAAAUGCUUGGUAUAGGUAGCAAAAGUGUGGACAGUCAGUUCAGAAAGAGGUCAAAAUUAAAUGUCUUAAUUAAAAAAAAAAAGUGAUUAAGGGGCAGAUUCAGCAAGAAAAUUCAAGCUGUGGUGGCCAAGAAAACUUAGAAAUUGGGGGAAAAGGAAGAUCAAGUGGAUGUUGUCUCUGUGACAUCCUGAAGUAAUUCCUCUUUUUUAAGGUUCAUGAUAUGCAAAUGCCAGCUUCUGAAUUAUAGCUGCAGUGAUGUACCAAAUGUUUUCUAGCAUAUCCUAUUGUGAGCAGAAAUAUCAGUGUCAUCAAAAAAAAAUUGUGUGUAAAUAUGACUCAUAAAUGAUUUCUGAGAGAUGUGAUUUAUUUUUCAUAUUUUUCAAGAUGCAUUCCAUUUCAAAUAAAGAGGUAUCUAUUGAAAGAGCUCUCGA